AUGGCCAGCAAGGCAAGCAACGAAAAACCUCACUCGGCCGAGGAGGAAACAGCGGCAUUCCAAAACAAUGCUCUCGCACAACAGUACGGCGGCGGGCACGCUGGCGGUUGGGUUGGCCUCCUACCUUCGUCGUGGGUUCCCUAUGUCCAACUAGCGAGACUGAGCCCCCCAGCAGCCCUCUUCCUCAUCUACUUUCCUCACUUCUUCGGCAUCAUCCUCGCCGCCAUUAUCAAGCGAUCGCCCAUAUCUCAAGUCCUCCAUACGGGAGUCUUCAUGUUCGGGGGCAGCUUUUUCUUCUCGAACGCAGCCCACGGCUGGAAUGACUUAAUCGAUGCGCCCAUCGAUAAAUCCAUCGCACGCACGAGUAAAAGGCCUAUCCCUCGAGGUGCCAUCAGUCCCCGCGCCGCAUUUAUAUUCACGGCUACACAAGCGAUCGGUGCAGCCUCGUUCCUGCUCCUGAUGCCGAGCGGAAGCGCAAUAUAUGCUGUCCCAAACAUCAUUGGUACAUAUUACUACCCUUGGGCGAAGCGGCACACCAAUUUUGCACAAUUGGUGCUUGGAUUCUGCUUAGCUUGGGGUAUUAUCAUGGGGUCUUGUGCAAUGGGGCUCAAGCCCUUUACCGGAGGUCCGUUUGGGGCGGAAGAGGGACGGAAGCUGCACUUCUGGGUCGAGCCAUCGGUCGCAAGCCUCUUUGUUGCGUCUAUCCUCUGGACGGUCAUUUAUGAUUCCAUCUAUGCCCACCAGGAUAUGAAAGACGAUAUCAAGGUGGGGGUGAAGAGUAUCGCAGUGUUACUUAAGGACCAGACGAAGCCUGUUCUCUGGUUGUCCCUCGGUUGCAUGAUUGCGCUGCUGUAUACAUGCGGAAGCCUAUUAAACAUGGGCAUCCAGUUCCAUGUGAUUGCAGCUGGAGGUUCCUUGCUAUCAUUAGGUGCCAUGAUCGCCAACGUUGAGCUCAAGGACUCUGCAAGCUGCUGGUGGUGGUUUAGGUACGGAUUCUGGCUUGCAGGUGGAGCCAUCGCGGGAGGGCUGCUCUCCGAAUACGUACUCCUGAGGCCAAAUUUCUGA